CCCCCAUUGAAACUAGUUGCGGUUCAACAUAUCACCGUCGACCGCAAUUGGACGGCGGCCAGAGUGUCUCAGCGUCUCACGUCGCUGGCGCGAUUAUUGGGCAGACGCACCGCGCCCGUCGGAUUAGGUUGUCGCAGCUCUUCCAUAUAACCCGCUUUGCAGCCAUGUCACAGCUCACGCGUGCGCACAUACUAGAUCCCGCGCAGCCUCCUGAUGCCGGUCCUCCGCCGGCGCCCAGUUCUUCUAAUGAAGGGAGGCGACCACACAUCCCUUCAACAGCAGUACGCUGCGACAUAUGCAGCAUCCUGCUCGACGACAUGCAGGCAUACCGCAUGCACAUGCAGGGCGGCGCACACAAGCGCGCUCUGACGGAGCUGGCCGUCGCCUCCGCCAGCUCCGGGUACAUCCGCUGCCCCAUCUGCGAGCGCGACCUCCCGGCGGCGCGCUGGGGAUCCCACGUAGAGGGAGAUCAGUAUCACCGCAGGCGCCAGCAGUACGCAGAUGUGACCGCACAGACGCAGUCGGCGCAGCUGAACCGGAACGGCGUGUCGGUGACGGGCGAGGCGGGUGGCAUCGACUUCGGCACUGUCGAGGUUGACUCUGUACAUGCGUUUUCUGCGGAGUGCACCCUGGAAGUGACGGUGUCCAAUGACGAUCCGGGGACCCUGAUUUCCCUUGCGCUCAUCAAGUUCUCCUCGUCCUAUAGGGGAACCCAGAGCUCCAGGUACGCCACUUGCCCUACCCACACCUUCUCCGCCGUCCUGCGCGGCGCCUCGCGCUUCGUCAACGACGGCAAGCCGCGCACGGUCCUCAUCACCUUCCACUCCUCGUACGUCGGCCGCUUCGAGGACAUGCUCGAGUUCGAGUUCCACGACGUGCGCCGGAAGGAGCGCUUCGUGAUCCUGCGGCGCGUGCAAGCCGUCGUCGGGCCCGCGGCCGAUUACGACGCGCUCAAGUCCAAGGGCCCGUACCGCCGACCCAUCUUCCGCCCGCUCGAGCCGACUCCGCACGCCGUCCCUACGAGGCGCCCCCCGACAUGGAGCAAGGUGCGGUGGGCGGUCAAGCUGCCGGAGUUUCCCGUCCCGAAGGCGUUGGCGGACGUAUUGAAUGCAGCGAAUGUGAAGAAGACCGUGGGCGAGAUCCGUGGCAGGUUCAUGCCUGGGGAUUUGAACAUGGGGACGUACGGCAAGUUCUGGAGCACGCUGCUCCAUUCCGAGGAGUGGCAACAGAGGUUUGUUAUACUGAAUAUGCCCGUUGUUAGUGUGGAUUGGCGCACUCGCAUCCCGGGUCUCAGAGAGGACAAGCCCAUAGUGCGAGUCGGAGACAAUCUCCUCGUGUGCAAGCAGGACUUUAACAUCUGGCACGAAGCCGUGGUCCACGAGGACUUCUUGCCGGAACUGCUCGUCGACGUCAAGUUCCAGCUGAAUCGCAUGCCGUGGCGGCGGCGCCAGCAGGCGGUCGUGCUCGACAACAACCAGUCUCGCAUUCUGUUUCCUACUAGCACGGAGAUCGGUGCCUUCGAUUUCAAUGACCAAACUCUCAUCGAUAAUCCGGAACAGAAGGAAGUAGUCGCGGCCAUAUCCAAUGCCCUCCAGGCAGCCCCUGGUACUGGCAAGACGGUGACCUGGUCGAGUCAGCCCUCCAGAUCCUCAAAACAACCGGAGGCGCGCCUGCUCAUGUGCGCACCGACGAACAUCGCCGCCGACCAGCUCGCGUUCAAGCUAAGGGAAUGGGCUCAAUGCCUCUGGCAUGCUCGAGGAUUUCUGCAUGAUAACGGGAACAGGGUGUAUGCCAUGCCUGAAGCCGAAGUCCUGAAGUCUUUCAGGGUCGUCGUGACGACCUGCGUGUCUGCGGCUGUCCCGCAUGGCCUGGGCCUUGCCAGCGGCUGGUUUACGCAUGUGUUCGUUGACGAGGCGGGCCACUCUCGCCGACGCGAACACGAACAUCGUUCUUGCGGAGACACCAAGCAGCUGGGUCCGGUCAUCCACUCGAGCAUCGCUCGCCAACUCGGACUGGGCAUGCCAGUCUAUGAUCUGAGCGCUUACAGAGGAAUAACGAUCACGAAGCUCGUAAAGCAUUUCAGGUCGCACCCCGCGAUCAUUGCCAUGCUUCGGUCGACGUGCCUAGAUGGCCUGACACCUAAGUUCCCGAUCGUAUUCCACGGUGUCGGUGGCAGGGAUGAGCAGGAGGAAGAGGCAUCGCUGGUCGCAAAGUAUUGCGAGGAGCUCAUCAAAGACCGGAAGGUUCCUCUUAAUGCAAAGGACAUCGGAAUCAUCAGCCCGUACACUGCGCAAUGCGGAAAGAUUCGCGCAUUGCUCAGACGGUCCUCAACUCGGCUAGAAGGCGUGAAGGUGGGGACCACGGAGCUUUUUCAAGGGCAGGAACGUCGCGUGAUCAUCAUAUCGACUGUACGCAGCAAUCCCGCGCAUGCGCUCAGAGACGUGCGGCAGCGGUUGGGCUUUGUCGGCGAUCCGCAGAGGUUCAACGGUCAGUCAUGUAUCGAGUAG